UGCUCCUGAUGGCAUGGCCGGCACACUUCUCACUGAGUGGGGAUCCAAGGCUGAUUCAUCGAAAAGACCAGGCACUUUAAGCAUCUGCCCUGGGCCUGAUGCUGUGCUAGGGUCUGGGUCUGCAGCCAAACGCACGGACAGGAUGGAUCUAGUCCUGGCCCUCUGCUAUUGAGCACGGUUGUUGGAAACAAGAGGAUCACCAGAGGCAGGAUGGGAUUAUCAUGGCAUCUGCAUUACUGAUUCUGUUGUGGGCUAUGGUGAUACUGAGAGCAGACUCACUUCCUGAUAAAAAAUCUUUACUUCUCCCACCUACCAAUUUCACCAUCAACGUUAUUGAUCUAGCCCAAGUUCUUUUGCGCUGGGAACCAAAUCCUGAUCAAGAGCCAGAGAAUGUGGAGCUAGGCUAUCACGUGAGAAUAAAUGCUCCGCAAGAAGAAGAUUAUGAAACCAGAAACACUGAAAGCAAACGCGUAACCGUUCUUCAUCAAGGCUUUUCAGCCAGUGUGCAGACCAUUCCGUGGGAUGGCCACUCCCUCCUCGCAAGCAGCUGGGUUUCUGCGGAGCUUAAAGCCCCACUGGGGUCUCCUGGAACCUCAAUUGUGAAUUUAACGUGUACUACAACGACCACAUUAAAUAACUCUAAUCCAUUAAGGCCAUACCAAGUUUCUCUUUACUGUACCUGGCUCGUUGGCAAGGAUGCCCCCAAGGAUACCCAAUAUUUCCUCUACUAUAGGUAUGGUUCCUCGACCGAAGAAUGCCGGGAGUACAGGAAAGACACACUGAAGAGAAACAUCGCGUGCUGGUUUCCAAGGACUUUUAUCAGAAGCAGAGGGAGUGACUUGCUGGCGGUGCAUGCUAAUGGCUCUAGCCAAUGUGCCACAAUCAAGCCUUUUGAUCAGCUGUUUGCUCUGCAUGCAAUUGAUCGAAUUAAUCCUCCCAUGAAUGUCACAGCAGAGAUUGAAGGAACCUAUCUUUCUAUUCAGUGGGAGAAACCCAUUUCUCCCUUUCCAAUUCACUGCUUUGAAUAUGAAGUGAAGAUUUACAACGCAAGGAAAAAUUAUUUUCAGACAGAAAAAAUGACAACGAAUACAUUCAUCUCGAUAACUGAUGAUAUUUCUAAGUAUUCCAUUCAAGUGAGAGCAGCAGUGAGCUCUGUGUGCAGACAGACGGGGUUAUGGAGUGAGUGGAGCCAAACAGUAUAUGUGGGAAAUGAUGAUCAGAAGCCCUCCACAGAAUGGUUUCUCAUCGUGCUUGUGGCAACCAUCUGCUUCAUCCUGUUAAUUUUCACUCUCAUCUGUAAAAUAGGUCACUUAUGGGCCAGGCUGUUUCCCCCAGUUCCGGCACCGAAAAGUAGUCUUAAAGAUUUCCUUGUAAUCAUCAGCCCUGAGAAAACUGUUUCCAGUGAAACAGAAAUUGAAGUCAUAAGUUACGUGGAAGAGUCUGGACUUGAGACCCUGGAAGAUUCUGUGUUUUGAUCAGCACUGUAACAUUCUCAAAAAUGAACUCACACUCACAUGCCUCAGCGAUAAGAAGAACAGGAACUGUUUCUUGGCUAAGAAGAGCUCCACAUUUACUGAACACUCAGUUUAGCUGCGAGGCAAUACACUCAGAUGAAUCUCUUAAAAGCAUGGAUUCCUCCUCAAAAACUCCUUGCUUCUCAGGGUGGUUGAUCAAUCUGACCAUUCUGCCAUGUCUUUUCUUCCUAUGCUGCAGGGUACCAACGUCUCACCUGCCAAUCUCCGUGCUUUACGUUACUUACCUCAAACUUUUGUGCAAGAGACAGUUUUUAAGGCUGAUGUCAAUUGGUGGGGCCCGCUUUAUAGCUGAGGCUGCCAAUGGUAAUACUCAACUGAAAUGUCAGCGAGAAAGCAUUCUGCCCAGCCUGGAGUUAAUUAUGAGCUUAGAUUCAAGGCUGUCUUUCCUAGAACAAGUGGGAGCCAUGGUGCUUCCCCCCACUCCCGAGUUCUAGAAUACUUUUUCUUUCAAGUCAUGUGUGGGGGGGUGGAGGGCUAUUUAUGAUUUAAGAAGCACGAUUUGAGGCAAACUCAACCUGAAGAGCUAAUAUAUCACUCCAUUCCAAAGCAGAGAAUAGGAUUUUAUUUGGGAUUAUAGUCUUGAAGGCAGCCUUGAUUCUCGGGAAUAUACUGAGAAAGCCAUUAGGUAGAAUUGGGUUGGGAAAGGGAUUACUUAAUCAAGAAAGAACUUUCUGGAGAGAUGUUUGCUUGCACAUAGAGAGCAGCUUGUUGGGUGCUAGUCAAGGAGCUCUGGGUCCAUCCUACGAGCAUCCCUUCAAACAUCCCGAUCUAGGCAUCCUCUCGACAUCUUCCUAUAGGAGUCUGCAUGUAGACUGGGGGCCUUCAUGAUGGGCAGUGGGCUACAGAUAGAACCAAGUGCAUACAAGUGUGUCAAGGGCAGAGAAGAGGUAGGAGGAACAGUUAGUAAUUGAGAGGACUCUAACAGUGCUGAUGGAACCUGGCCCUGGAGUAGGAAGCUUAGGACAGAGAAAGGAGGUCACAGUGUUCCAAACCCCCGGUAUGGCAGCAUACUCUAUAUGUUUUUAUUGCCUGUUUCCAAGUAUUAGGGACUGAAUAUUUGCGCCCUUCCCCCUCCAAUUCAUGUUGAAACUCUACACCCCAAGGUGAUGAUAUUAGGAGGAGGGGGGUGGUGGUCUUUGAGCAGUGAUUAGAUCAUGAAGGUGGAAACUUCAUGAAGGAAAUUAGUGUUCUUUUAAAGGGACCCUAGGGAGUUUUCUUUCCUCUGCGUAAAGAUAGGAGAAGUUGGCAUUCUGCAACCAGUACGAGGGCUUUUCUGAGAACCCUGCCAUGCUGACACCUUGAACUGGGAACACCAGACUCCAGA